AUGAAUCUUCGCAAGCGCGAGGCCCCUGAACCACUUCUUCCUUUACGCGCCGCCAAACAACCACGUCUGUCCAAGAGUAACGCAUACGGUGAUACUAGCAGCGCAAACCAGAUGGAGGGCCUCCCAGCGCGGUGGAUGCGAUUGGGUAUGGACUUCGUAACCCUCACGCUGGAGACUGCGAGAUCCACAUGGAAUUCUGUCUCCUCGCUCUUACAAGGAACCGAUGAUGCAUUGUCUGCAACUAGCCCUUUUUGUCCAUCCUCCGCGUCGAAAGCGGGCACGGCAAAUCAGUCUUCAUCUUCGAACAAGGUAUCCGAAGAACUAUCGGAAUAUUUGGUCAUCGCCCGUUCACAGCCAACUUUAUGCCCUCCUCCGUCGGGGCGAAUGUCAUUGCGCAUUCCGCUCAAACCCAGAGUUCGUGGGACAGCACCAGCGUUCACGGAUGCGGCAAUAUCAUCCGCAAAAGGACUGCAAGGAGCAGAGAAUCCCGCGUCAUUCACAAAGGCCGAUCAUAUACCGCCGCCACAAACGGGUGAACGUCUCUCGUCGCCACAAAGUCGCACUGUCCCGGAACAUCUUCAACAGCAACUGCCCUAUAACGCCACAUUUCAGGGCCAGAAAACUUCAAACCGUCCGACAUUCAUUGAAAGACCCCAUAUAUUGCAAAAACGAUACAAGGAGAACGUGGCAGAGAAGACCAAGCAGGAUAGAGACGCGAUGCUGAGGGAGUUGUUCGAGGUGGAACGGCAAAAAGACCGCUCUGCCGACUUUGAUACAUUCAGAGGCCUCAUGGAUUAUGCAGAACAUGUAGAUCGACAAACUCUCACUGGCAUGCUUUCAACGUCGGCGUCCAUGGCUGACCUUCGUGAGAGGUCAACGUCAUCUCAGAUGGAGCACAGGUAUUCGCUCGACGAUGAUGUUCUAAGACAUCAUUUGGAUAAAGCAAAGGCUACAUUGGCAACACCACCUCCUCAGCCGUUUGUGCCUACGCAAGCGAUCCUUGCCGCCAAACAAAGACGAGACAAAGAUGAACAAAUAGAGCGCCGCCUAGAGAAAGUUCGGCCUAAAGCCCCAAAAAUCCCAUCACGACUGCCACCCGAGGACGACCGUGCGGUGGAUGCACUGCUGAAAAGGAAAGCGAGGAUCAUUGGCAAAGGUGGUGCUUCCAGAGGGUCUCAUACCGACCUGGCAUUGCUAUGUCCGGCGGAGUGGCUCAAUGACGAGGUUAUCAAUACCUAUGGAGAGAUGAUCAUGGCUCGUUCGCAAGCUGCCAAGGAGAAUUUUGGCGCCGGUAACACAGGCGGAGAGAGAAUGGUCGACUUGCACUUCUUCAACUCUUUCUUCUUCACGAAACUCCAAGGUGGCUACAAGAAAGGGAACAUCGGGAAAUGGUCGAAGAACUUUGAUCUCUUUGAGAAGGAGCUCAUAUUGAUGCCGGUCAAUCACGGCAAUUCGCACUGGACGGCAGCUGCAAUUGACUUCAGACGGAAGCGCAUAGAAUCAUACGACAGUCUGCGUCUCGCGGGUGAGCCGCUACGCCAUCGAGAGGUUUUCAAGCGUUUGAGGGAGUAUCUCGACAACGAGCACCGUCACAAGAAGAACAUACCUUUCGACUUCACUGGCUGGGUAGACUACCAUCCAGGAGAGGAUGAAGCGCCUCGGCAAAACAAUGGUUUUGACUGCGGUGUCUUCACCUGUCAGGUUAUGGAGAGCCUUUCGAGAGACAUGAAAUCUUUCCACUUCAGACAAGAGCACAUGCCGUAUAUGCGGCGACGAAUGAUUUGGGAGCUCGGCCAUGGAAAAUUGCGGGAUGAUUUAAUCUAG